CCGGGGCCUCCCCCAGCCGGCCCCCCAAGGCCCGGGGGGGGCCGGGGGUGCCCCCGGGGGGGGCUCCCCGGGCGUGGCCUGGCCCCGGCUGCCCCCCCAGCCGGCCAGCGUGGCCCUGCGCAAGCAGGAGGAGGAGGAGGAGAGCAAGAGGCCGAAGGCUCUGAGCGACAGCUACGAGCUCUCCACCGACCUGCAGGACAAGAAGGUGGAGAUGCUGGAACGCAAGUACGGUGGUUAUUUCCGCUCUCGGCGCGCGGCGCGGACGAUCCAGGCCGCGUUCCGGCGCUACCGCAUGGCGCAGAAGUUCGAGCGGCUGCGCAGCGAGGGCGGCCGGGCUCGACGCCUGGCGCUGCCGGGGCUGCGCCUCCAGUUCUCCUUCGAGGAGUACGACCGGGGACCCCCGGCCCCCGCCCCGGGGCCGCCCCCGCCGCCCCCGCCGUACUUCCAGGGCAAACCGGCCUCGCUGGACGAGGGCGUCCUGGGGGGCCCGCGGCGCGCGCCCCGUUACGGGGGCUCCUGCCGGGCCGGCCUGGAUGGGGGCGGAGGUCCCGGCGAGGGGGCGGCGGUGGGGGGGGGUGCCGGGGUGGGGGGCGCGGGAAGCCCCCCCCGGCAGCUCUCGGCGUCGGCCGAUUUCGGGCCCGGAGGCGCCGACCUGGAGGAGGCGUUUGCGCAGCAGGUGAAAUCCUUGGCCGCCUCCAUCGAUGAGGCGCUGGGAGGAGGUCGCGGGGUCCCCCCCGGCGCCCCGGACCCCCCCGCGGGGGACAGUGCGGCCACCUCCGCCAGUGACGUCACCCUGUACCUGGACGAGGGGCUCCCCGGCUCCCCCCGGUCCCCCGAGAGACCCCCCAGCCCCGAGCCCCCUCCCGACACCGGGGGGCCGCCACCCCCGCCCGCCCCGCCACCCCCCCCGCCGCCCCCCGCCAACCCCCCCGGCCCGGCCGAACGCUGGGGGGGCCCCGAGGAGCCCCCCCGGCGGGGCCCCCCGUGCCUGGAAUGCCGGGGGCGGGGGGCCGGGGGGGGACACCCCCCGCUGUUGACGGUGGAGCCCCCGAGCGACAGCUCGGCCGACCUGAGUGACCGCUCCGACCGCGGCUCCAUCAACCGGGGGGGUCCCUACGAGCCCGAGGGCACCGGGGGGGGCACCUUACCCCGCUCCGGGCCCCCCCACCGCUGCUUCCACCCCGAGGGGCCACCCCCGCCUCCCCCCGGCCCCCCGCCCCCACCCGCGGCCGAGGAGGGCUCGGAGGGGGACAACGAGAGCCUGGGCAGCAGCUCCAACUCCAACGAGACCCUCAACUGCUCCUCGGGCUCCUCGUCCCGCGACAGCCUGCGCCGGCCCCCCCCGCCGCCCCCCCCGCCGCCCACCGCCCCCCCCCAGCCCCCCGGCACCGCCGGAGCCCCCGGGAAGGCGACGUACCAACGGGAGCCGCGGCAGAGCUGGGACUCGCCGGCGCUCAACAACGACGUGGUGCAGCGGCGCCAGUACCGCAUCGGCCUCAACCUCUUCAACAAGAAGCCGGAGAAGGGGAUCCAGUACCUGAUCGAGAGGGGGUUCCUGUCCGACACCCCCGUGGGCGUCGCCCACUUCAUCCUGGAGAGGAAGGGCCUGAGCCGGCAGAUGAUCGGCGAGUUCCUGGGCAACCGCCAGAAACAGUUCAACCGCGACGUCCUCGACUGCGUGGUGGACGAGAUGGAUUUCUCCGGGAUGGAGCUGGACGAGGCCCUGCGGAAGUUCCAGUCCCACAUCCGGGUGCAGGGGGAGGCGCAGAAGGUUGAGCGCUUGAUCGAGGCCUUCAGCCAGCGCUACUGCGUGUGUAACGCGGCCCUGCUGCGCCAGUUCCGCAACCCGGACACCAUCUUCAUCCUGGCCUUCGCCAUCAUCCUCCUCAACACCGACAUGUACAGCCCCAGCGUCAAGGCUGAGCGCAAGAUGAAGCUCGAGGACUUCAUCAAGAACCUGCGAGGGGUGGACAAUGGCGAGGACAUCCCCCGGGACAUGCUGGUGGGCAUCUACCAGCGCAUCCAGAGCCGAGAACUGCGCACCAACGACGACCACGUGUCCCAGGUCCAGGCUGUCGAGCGCAUGAUCGUCGGCAAGAAACCGGUGCUGUCCCUGCCCCACCGGCGCCUGGUGUGCUGCUGCCAGCUCUACGAGGUGCCCGACCCCAACCGGCCCCAGCGCCUGGGGCUGCACCAGCGCGAGGUUUUCCUCUUCAACGACCUGCUGGUGGUGACGAAGAUCUUCCAGAAGAAGAAGAUCCUGGUGACCUACAGCUUCCGGCAGAGCUUCCCACUGGUGGAGAUGCACAUGCAGCUCUUCCAGAACGCCUAUUACCAGUUUGGGAUCAAGCUGCUGUCGGCGGCGCCGGGGGGCGAGCGCAAGGUGCUGAUCGUGUUCAACGCCCCGAGCCCCCAGGACCGGCUGCGCUUCGCCAGCGACCUGCGCGAGUCGGUGGCCGAGGUGCAGGAGAUGGAGAAAUACCGAGUGGAGGCCGAGCUGGAGAAGCAGAAGGGCGUGGCGGGGCCGAGGGGCGCGGGCCCCCCCCGGGAGGCGCUGAACGGGCUGAGCCGGAGCAGCCUGGAGGAGGCGUUCGGGGCCGAGGGGCUCAAACGGAGCGCCCUGAGCAGCUCCCUGCGAGACCUGUCCGACAGCGGCAAGCGGGGCCGGCGGAACAGCGUGGGGUCCCUGGACAGCACCAUCGAGGGCUCCAUCAUCAGCAGCCCCCGGCCGCAGGCGCGGGGGGGCCCGGGCGGGCCGGGGGGAGCCCCCGAGGGCUACAAACCCCCGGCCCGGCCGGUCUCCAACUCCUCGUCCUUCCUGGGCUCCCUGUUUGGCAGCCGCCGCGGAAAAGGCCCACCGCCCCCCCCCCCCGGCGCGGGGGGUCCCACUUCGGCCUCGGCCUCCUCAUCCUCGGCUUCCUCAUCUCAUCACCACCACCACGCCCCCCCCGCGACCUCCCCCGAGGGUCCCUCCAAGCUGCAGGCUCUGCACGCCCAGUACUGCCACGGGCCCGGGGGGGCGGCGGGCGCGGGCGGGGGUCCCGGUCCCCCUCCGCCCCCCCCGUACCCGCAGCAGCCGCCCCCCCCCAGCCGCCCCGCGCCCCCCCCGCCGCUGCCGGCCAUCGCCGCCGGGGCCCCCCCGCGAUUCCACGGAGGGCCCACCCCCCCUUUGUCGGCUCCCCCCCAGCAGCACGGCCCCCCCGGCGGGGGGUUCCCCCCACCGCACCCCCAUUACACCCUGCACCGGCCCGGCAAGAGGGGGGGGGCUCCGCCCGGCGCCCCCCGGCAGCCGCUGUCCCCCCUGCCCCUCUACAGCCCCGCGCCCGCACACCACGGGCUGUCCCACGCGUACCCCCCCGGGCCCCCCCCGCACCACCAUCCCCCGCCGCCCCCCGCCCCCGCCAAGCAUUUCGUGUUCGGGGGGGGCGGCGGCGGCGGCGGCGUGGGGGGCCCGGCCGGGGGGGCCCUGAGAGGGGGAGGCGGCGGGGCGGCACCCCCGCCCCAUCACCACCAUCAUCACCAUCACCACCACCACGCGCCCCCUCCCCACUCGCCCAUCCCCCCCCACCCUUCCUACCCCCCCUUGCCGCCCCCCUCUCCCCACACCCCCCUCAGCCCCCACUCACCUGCCGGCCCCACCUCGCCCCUGGCCCAGGCAGGUCAGGGUCCCCCCAAACCCAAGGGGGGGAACCGCAUCAGCACGGUGGUCUGA